CAUACAAAAAGCAAAAAGAUAAUAAUUUUAUUGGAAAAAGUCAACAACGAAGAAGCCACAAUACAUGUGUUUGCCGCUGUUUAAAUCACUGGAAUUAUGUCACAAAGAGGUAAACGCGGCAAUCAUUUGCAUCAUCCAAGACUUGAUGUUGAACCACAGCCACCACCCACAAAAAGACGUAAAGGACGGCCACCCAAUAGUGGUGGCAUCGGAGGAGGCGGUGGCGGCGGUGUUGUGGCGGGCAGUAGCGGCAGCAAUGUUGGUGGUGGUGGCAGUGGAGGCGGCCCUGGUGGGCCCGCUUCUGUACCAAACCUUAAUCCAGCCUUUGGGGCUGGUGGUGGUGCUGCUGCCGGUACCAGCUGUGCCAGUUCAUUAAUACCAAGUGAUGAUACAGCCAUGUGUUCCACAAGCUCCAAAGCCAUGGGUAUACAAGGAAGUUGUUCAUCAUCGGCAGCAGCAUGGCAGGCAAGAUCGGUAUCAGAUAUAAAAAUGUCUAGCAUAUAUAAUCGAAGUUCAACCGAAGCACCAGCAGAGCUUUAUCGCAAGGAUCUCAUAAGCGCAAUGAAAUUACCAGAUUCUGAACAACUGGCAAAUUAUGAAUAUCUAGUUGUUACUGAUCAAUGGAAACAAGAAUGGGAACGUGGUGUACAAGUACCAGUUAAUCCUGAUUCAUUGCCAGAACCAUACGUUGAAGUGUUGACUGAACCUAUAGUGCCACCCGCUCAUGACUUUAAACUUCCAAAAAACCGCUUCCUGCGCAUAACCAAAGACGAUACAUACUCACCGGAGUUACAUUGUCUAACGAAUGUGGUUGCAUUAGCUGAAAACUCAUGCGCCUAUGACAUUGAUCAAGUGGAUGAGUCAUGGCUUAAAUUAUACAAUGCCGAUCGUGCACAAUAUGGUGCUCCCUUUGCCAUAAGUGAAACUCAAUUUGAACGUGUUAUCGAAGAACUGGAGGUACGAUGUUGGGAACAAAUUCAGGUUAUAUUAAAAAAUGAAGAAGGUUUGGGUAUUGAAUAUGAUGAAAAUGUCAUAUGUGAUGUUUGUCGAUCUCCUGAUUCGGAGGAAGCUAAUGAAAUGGUUUUCUGUGAUAACUGCAAUAUUUGUGUGCAUCAGGCCUGUUAUGGCAUAACAGCCAUACCAUCGGGCCAAUGGCUUUGUCGAACAUGUUCAAUGGGCAUUAAACCGGACUGUGUAUUAUGUCCGAAUAAAGGUGGUGCAAUGAAAUCAACGAAAUCGGGCAAACAUUGGGCGCAUGUUUCAUGCGCUCUCUGGAUACCAGAAGUCAGUAUUGGGUGUGUUGAUCGUAUGGAACCGAUAACGAAAAUCUCCAGCAUUCCACCAAGUAGAUGGUCUUUGGUAUGUGUACUUUGUCGAGGACGUGUGGGCGCAUGUAUACAGUGUUCGGUGAAAACAUGUAAGACCGCAUAUCAUGUGACCUGUGCUUUUCAGCACGGCCUGGAAAUGCGGGCCAUUAUUGAGGAGGGCAAUGCCGAAGAUGGCGUUAAACUGCGAUCGUAUUGUCACAAACACAGUGUGAGCAAGGGUAAAAAGGAGGCCAACAGGGGUUCAAGCAGUGGCAACUGUAAGAAUCGCUUGGGCAAUAGCAAUGGUGGUUCCGGCACGGAAGAUGAUGAUUGCCGAAGACGUAAAAGUCGAAAAUCGGAUAUGACCUCAGAGGAACGUAAUCAGGUGCGAGCAAGAAGGUUACAGGAGGUUGAGUCGGAAUUUGACAAACAUGUCAACAUCAAGGACAUAAGUUGUCAUCUGUUCGAUGUUGAUGAUGAGGCCAUUGAAGCCAUCUACAAUUACUGGAAGUUAAAGCGAAAAUCUCGAAAUAAUCGUGCCCUGAUACCACCCAAAUCCGAAGAUGUUGAAAUGAUUGCACGCAAACAAGAACAGCAGGAUAUUGAAAAUCACAAAUUGGUUGUCCAUCUGCGACAAGAUUUGGAACGUGUACGCAAUCUUUGUUACAUGGUUAGCCGGCGGGAGAAGCUGUCACGCUCAUUGUUCAAGUUACGUGAACAAGUUUUCUAUAAACAAAUCUCAGUGCUCACUGAGGAUAAUCAAAGGGUGCGCGAUGGCAACGAGCCAAGCGAUGAACAAUUUAAAAAUGCUGUCAUUUAUGCAAAUGAUGGACCCACGCUUUAUGAUCGUUUCUAUUCGUCCGGUGAUCGUACUAAACAUCCGAACACCACCACACAGUACCAAAGUUUAGAAUAUAUUCUGGAGAAAUUACUCGGCAAUAAUACUAAGAAUGGACCAAAAAGUUCGAAUAAAACGACGACGACGUCACAGCAUCAUAGUAGAGCUUCCACAUCGCCUACAAAACGUUUAAAUAAGUCAUCAUCGGUUAACAAUGGUGCGGUUUCGGUGGUUGGGGGAGCUAAAGCGACCACAACAUCAACAUCAUCAACCAAUGUGUCGGAGAAAAAUGCUGUUAGCAGGCGGCGUAGCUCCACGGGCCUUGACAAAACCUCAAAACCAGCCACCUCAAAUGUCACGUCUGGUGGCAGCUCUAGACCACGGCUCAGUAAUAAUAGGACACCAACUAAAUCGGGAAAACAAACAACCACAAAAAGUUCUGAUGAAAGUUCCAGUUCAUCGGGUAGUUCAUCAUCCGACGAUGACGAUGAUUCCUCAUCGGAUAAUGGUUCAUCAUCUGGUAGCGGUAGUUCAUCUGGUUCCGAAAGUGCUACAAGCUCAACGGAUUCGGCCACUUCCUCAUCAAGUUGUGAUGAAAAAACACCUAAAGGUAGCAAAUCCUCAACCAAGAAAGUGCCGCAAAAUAAGCGGGAAAGUUAUUCUCGUUCGUUGGAGAUGCGAGCCAAACAACGGAGGAAGAGUACGGCAGCUGCAGAAACUGCAACGACAACGACGACGGCACCACUUGAAACUAAAGAAAAUAAAUCAAGCAAUGGUGCUGCCGUUACAGCGUCGAAUGAAACAGUCAAUCGCACUGAAGUCAAAAACUCUUCCGAUGUUGCAACCAUACUCUCCAGUUCCAGUGAUAUUGAUAAUGAAACUGAAAUUGGUAAAAAUAAAAAAUUAACAUCAUCAACGUCGUCAGUACCUGUCAACAAUAAAUCACAACAACAAUCAAAGAACAACCAAACUGGUGGACCAGCAGCGACUGCUGUGAACAGCAAGACCCCCUCCUCAACAACAACGACGAGUAGAACAAAGAAGAUCGAAGAUGAUGGCAAUUCAUCCUCAACAUCAUCAUCUUCCACGGCAUCAUCCUCAAGUGAUGAAAGUUUGGAGCUAAUACCUGCCAAAAAGAAUCGCAAAUCAUUAACCACAAAUUCCACAGCGGGGAAUGAUGGUGUUCAACAGCAGCCACUACAGAAAUCAAGAAAUUCCGCCGCUAAUCGCAAAGCAAUUGAGCAAAUCUAUUCAGAUUCUGAUGAUAGCUCGUUGGACUCAUCGGACAAUAAGGACAAGGAAGAGGAACGCACAGCCGAAAGCAAUGUUAGUGAUUCACAGAAUCAACAGACAAUACGGACCAAAGCCGCCAUGAAGGAGUUCACCUUGCAACAGCAAAUCUGCGCUGGUAAGACACAAAAAGAUAGCACGACGACACAAUCAUCGGUCACGACCAAAUCUCUGACGAAAAGCUCAACAAGCUCGUCCAGGUCCAAGGAUAAAGGUGAAAGGUCUGUGGAUGCCAAUAAGCGAAAUAUCAACUUAGCCCCUUCGGAUGUGGAAAAACAAUUAAAAUUUCCCGCCGAUUUAUUGGUUGUGCCUCAGAGGCAAGCAGCGAAGAAAGCAUCGGAAAAUAUGCGCGGUGGUGGUGUUGUGAUGUCAGCGUCUUCCACGAGUUCCGUUUCAUCGAAUAAUGCGAGUAGCCACCAACGUGACUCAGCGGCAGAUGUUAAGACGCGUGAUGGAAGUGCCAAAACGACGCAUCGUAACAGCAGUAGCAGUAGCGGUGGUGCGGAUGGCUUAAUGAAGUCCUCCUCCGUGGAUGAACGAACAGAAAAAUCAAGAGGGGGAAGUAGUGGUGCCAGUAAAGUGGAUGAUAAACCAAGUGCCAAUAAACGUGGUCGUCCUCCAAAGAAUACAAAAGACAAUAUAACGGAUACCAAUAGUACUAGUCAACCCACAACGUCCACCAGUAGUCGUGUAAAGGAUCCGCAAGCGGCAAACAAAGCUGUCGAAAUGGAGGGUAAAAAAUCCACAUCAUCUUCUUCAGCGUCUACACCCAGCUCCUCUUCAGUUGCCACUACGACAAAUGAAUCGCAAAAUAGCGUCAAAUCUUCACCCACUAGAGAGAAAGUAUCACAGCCCCCUUCACCGUCCCAAAAGCCUGCAGCAACAACAACAUCAUCAUCGUCAUCCUCGUCAUUGGCUGCGGUUGAUGCUAUGAAAUCGAAUAUACUUGUGGCCUAUGUGCCACAACGUCAAGCGGCCAAAAAAGCAGCGGAACAAUUGAAGAACAGCAUUAAGCCCCUGUUGACAAAUACCGAUGUGACAACAACAACGGCGUCAGCGACAUCGGAUGAUAAGGAACGUUUGGGUGGCAGUGAAAAGGAUUCUAAAUUAAAAACUCCAGAAAGUCGUCAUACCAAAUCAAUGCCAACACGACGGAUGUCUAUGAGAGAUUCCACUCUAAGUAGCAAAGAGAGGCAGGACACUUCCACACCCUCCAAGGUGAAAGAUACAACACCAACCAGGCUGGCGGCUACAACACCAUCUCCCUCACUUAAAACUACAGCUCCCCCUGCGGUAUCUCCCUCAUCAACGCUUGCAGUUCCUGCCCCUCCACCUCCUCCUCCUGCACUUACAGAUUUGCCAGCAGAUACUACUGCUGGCAUAAAACAUCCCACACCAUCUCCUGCAGCCCAAAACAAAACUCCAACAAGUAAUAAUAGAAGACGUUCCAAAGAUGACACCACCGGCAGCGGCACAACAGUGCCUGCAAGUCCCACAGCAACGGGACCGUCGGCAGUAACGGCGACUACAUCCACAACGUCUACAACUCCCAAACGUGUGCCAGCAGCCAUGGAUAAGAAGCGGAAAUUUUCCACAACAUCCAGUUCGGCCAGUGAUUCAAGUUCCUCCUCUUCAUCUUCCGAUGGAAGUGAAGACAGUUCUAGCAACAGCGAUAGCAGUUAUUCCACUUCAUCAUCGGACGAUGAGGCCAGCGAACCCGAAGAAAAAGAAACUACGAAACGAACAGCGGCAGCAGCUGCAGCGGCCACGGUGGCGGCGAAAAGAAAUCUGCGCAAAUCAUUGGAGGAUAGUAGACAAAGUACCGCAGCGCCUGUGGUUGAAACAGCUACCACUCCUACUUUGCCACCACCACCAACUUCCAGCACAAAAUCGUCACCCAAAGUGUCACCACAGAAACAGCUCAGGCGUAAUACUAGCACAACAAGUACCAGCAGCCUGGCCACAAACAGUGAUGAUCAACAGAUGUCGGAUACCAAUACCACAAGCAGUAUACAGACACGUCGUAAGUCAGCUUUAAUAGAAGAGGAACGGGCCCUGAAGCAGCAUAACUUAGAUAAAAAGUUGGCAGCUGACAAUUUGGCCAUGGAGGCAGCCAUAGCACCACCUCCCACAGCGGCAUCGGUGGUUACAUCUCCUUCCCCCAAGUCCAAUGACUUGACAUCAUCUUCCCCACUGAAAACAGCAUCUUCGUCUACAUUAUCUAGUCCUUCACCUGCCGUGCAAGAUGUUAAAGAUUGCACAGAAGUUGCAACAAAAUUACCCGAGAUCGCAAAUCAAGAAAGUGCUACCGAAAUGCAAUUGGACCUAGUCCUAAGGGAUAAAAUCACAGAAACCGAAGCAAUGGAAAGUGAUAUUGCAAAAAGCCAAUCUACCGAUGAAGCUCAAGCCGCAAAUGAAGGUGUAUGUACGGAUAGGGAAAAGUCCAUGGAAGCAGACCGACAGCCAACAAAAGAAAAUAUUUUGGAUUUGGAGAAAAUGUCCGACAAACCAAAUACUGAUAAUGUACCCCCAUUCGGGGGUGCUAGUAUUUCAGCAGAAAAACCAGUUAGUAUGGAUGUUUGUUCCGAGGUACCCAUGGACAUUGAUGAAGAACUGACCACAGCACCCACAAAUACCGCAUUACCACCAGGUGCUGGUGCUGAUCGUUCGCCCGCCAAAAUUGAUGAACUUUUAGUCGACUUAGAUGAUCGACCACCAGCCGCCCCUAUGCCAGCAUCACCACCACCACCUGCCCAGCAUUCUUCCUCGUCGUCGUCGGGCUCAUCAUCAUCCACUUCCAGUGACGAUGAUGAUGAACAUUCCAAUGGUAGUGAUGUGGGAAAAUCACGCAAACGUAAAGUACGUAAUCGUCGCAGACGUACCCGUCGACCCGGUAGUCCGCCAAUGCCUGACGAGGUAGAGCACACACACCACACUCAACAUUUGUUGAAUGAAAUGGAAUUAGUUAAAGCAUUGGAAGAGGAGCGUAAAAAUGAAUUGGCUGCCGCCAAUGCCAAUAGUGGUAAAUAUUCGGCCUCUUCGUCAUCGCCAGCGGUGGCUGUUAUUGCUCCAGAGCCACCGGAAAUAAUUAAUUUGGAUUCCAAUUCAAAUUCGGCAGAAGAAGGAGCUGGCCUUGUAACACCUGUUACACAGAAGAAGGAUAGCAUGCCUGGAAAUGUGCCAUCGACGGAGGAUGUGGCUACAAGCAAGCCAACUCUUACUUCGUUGUUAGUUCCUGAUGCCGUAAAUCUGCUAAAAGAAUCCCAAAUUCCUGCAUCAACUGCGGUCACAAGCAACCCCACGGCUUUGUCAUUAAUCCAAACAUCGAAUUUGGAUUUGGCCCCCACUUCAAUUAAUAACAGCACACCACUUAAUGUCACAGUACCGGCGGCGCCACAACCACCAAUAUCAUCAUCAUCCUCCUCUCUUGAAAGUGCCCAUCAUCCAAUUGUGGAUACAAUUCUCGAUUUGGAGGAUAAUGCUCAAAAGAAACAACAAGAGAAACACCACCAGCAGCAGCAACAACAACAACUUGGUUUCUCUACUAAUGACUUGCUUGGUUUUGGCAGCCAUACUGUGGGUCAGGUUUUGGGACAACCUAAUGAAAGCCUAUCAAGUCUUUUGUCAGGCAGUGGUAGUACUGCCAAAGAAUUAUCCACAGAGGAUAGCAGCCAGGCCACAAUGAGCCUAUUGGAAAAGCUAAGGAAAACCAAACGCAAUCGCAAUGAGGAGCCCAAAGAACCGGAUCUUAUGUUACCACCACCCACACCAGCAAUACCAUCAGUAUUUCCCUUUCAUAAUGCAGCCGAUCCGGAGGAUAUUAUACAUGUGCAAAAGGAAAAUGCUGCGUUAUUGGAAGCUCAUUUCCCCGGCGCAGAUAAUGGGUCGCAACAAACUCCAGGACCAAUGGAUGGUGGCAGUAACAAUAUGCAACAGGUAAUUGGUUCGUCACCAAGUAACAACAACACCACAAACAACAAGGAUGCUGCUGCAGCGACGGGUCUAAGUUUAUUUGGCAGUUUGGCCGGCAGUACAGUUCCAGAGGCAAAUACUCCUGGACAAAUGCCUCAAUUACCCAGUAAUGCCCUGAAUUAUUUGGACGGCAAUGGUAAUGAUUUGCAGCAGCCACCAACACCACAACAACGGCAGAGGACACCUCAGAUGACACCCAUAUCCCCCAUGCAACAGCAGCAACAACACACACCCACUCAUCAUCUACAGGGUCAGGCAGCAACUACACCCAAUUCAAAUUAUAAUCAAACACCUCUGACACCCAAUCAACAGCAACAACAACAAACGUCCUCCAAUGUGGCCGAACUUACCUCCCUCAUACAAAAAGAAUUGGCCUGUUCGGCGCUCAAUAAAUCGCUGGGCCUUGAUAGUUUCACCCAAAAACAACCAACCACACAGCAACAGUCCUCUUCGUCGAUACACAGCAAUAGAAUGUCUUCCAGUUCCAAUUCACUGACCACAGCCAGUGCAACACCAGACUUCGUGGACCUACAUGCCGCUGCCACAGCAGCUGCCAAGGAUAAUCUGGACUUUACCAGUUCCGCAUCGGUGGGUAGUAAUAAAUUGGUGGUCGACUGUGACUUUGAUGAGAACACCCGCAUGCAAUCACCCUACACUAUGCAGGGCAAUCGUAUGUGGAAUGAAAACGAUUUGAUAGCGGCCAGGAGAUCAACAUCACCGAGUUCGGUAUCGGAAUCAAAUGAUCACACACCCAACAUGGAUUUGCAACCACAACAGCAAACUCCCCAACAGCAGCAUACACCUGUACAGCAGCAUCAAAUGUCCGGUGGUCAACAUGUACAACAAAGUCCGCACAUGCAACAACAGCAAGGAUCCAUGGCGACAAAUAUGUUGCAAGCCAACACCAAUGCCAUGAACAGCAUGCAGGGUGUGACAAAUACCAGCUCACCGAAUUGUAAAAAUAGUUUCUUCAAUGCCCUGAACAAUUUUGGUCUCAACUCCAAUAGCUAUGGCCAACAACAGCCGCAGCCGCAGCAACAUCCACAACAACAAUCGCCCAUGGUUAAUGGCAUUGAUUCCAUGAUGUAUAACCAGCAGCAGCAGGGAGGAUACAAUUCAACACCAGCCACAACACCCACUAGUCAAACAACUCCCCAACAUCAACAACAGCAACAAAUGGUGGCUGGUAAUAUUCCCUCAGCUAGCCAGCAGUAUAAUGGCAAUGUGUCCAAUAUGUUCCAUGACAGCACCUCUGCUGCAGCAGCCAAUAUGUCUGCUGGCAUGAACCAAAUGCCCUUUGUUGGGUCCGCCAAUAACAAUAAUGCCACUGGUGUAAUGUAUCCCGCUGGACCGGGUACAGGUGCUCCACAACAACAGCCGUCGCGUCCUUCUGCCAAUGAUAUAUUCGGUACAUCAUCCAAUGCGGCGGCAUCCAUUGGGGCCGCAAAUCCGUCUGCCGGACAGUAUGGCGGUGCCGCUUUUACGUCUUCCACACACAACCUAGCAUUGACGGCAGCCAUAGUUGGAGUUACGGGUCCUGGUAGUCUACUCGAUCAUAAUUCCCCGCGUCAACAGCAGCAACAACAACAUCAUCACCACCAUCAAAUGCAGGCUGCACAGCAACAGCAAUUUAAUUUAACUUCACCCAGCAAUGCUGCAGCUGGACCACCAGGGCCUUUUAAUAAUCUUCACAUGAAUAGCUGUGGGCCGGAAGGUAUGUUAACCCCAAAUCAGCAUCAGCAUCCCUCUUCGACGCACACCACACCCACCAAAGGGGAUUCUCCCUCCAAGGGCAGUCGAUCAUCGGCCCGAUACAAUCAACAACAACAUCCACGUAAUUCCCAUAAAUCGCCGCAAAUUGGUCAACAUAAAUCGCCCGGCAAGUCGCCACGUCAAAUGGAAUUGCUGAGUAAACAAUUGCAACAACAACAUCAGCAACAACAUGCAUCCAUGGGACAGGACUACUCUACGACGGCAACAACAACAAAACCACCAAAAUAUGAUCCGCUUACCCAUACAUUGGCCGGUAAGCCAAGACAAAGAGCACCACGUGGCACUGGAGCUGGUUCACGAGGUCGGGGUCGGGGUAGAGGAAGAGGUCGGGGAGCCAGUGCGGCAAACUCCAUUAUACCCACAUUGCCAUUGACAAUGAGCGACUAUGUUAGUUCCGAUAAUCUGGUCGGCACACCCUUUGAAUUUAGCUACGAGGAGGAAAUGGCCACACCACCGGGUAUGGAGAAUCUACAGUCUCUAAGGGAUCGUAGGCGUUCCUUCGAUUGUCGCAAUGCCCAUGCCACAGAUCCACAAAAAUAUCGCAGUCCCAGCUAUAAAGUUAGGGGAGGAGGUGCUAAUGCUAAUCUAAUGGCCUCUACAGCAACUGGUGGCCCCAAUGCCCAAUCAUCUGCCGCAAAUGCCAGCUCUGUUGGAGCACCAGGCAAUGAAACAUCCGUCACCACGUCAUCCCUUGUCAAUUGUGGUAGCAAUCCGUUGAAAAGUUCCAGCAGUACAUCAAAUCUGCAUUCCAUUGUCCAGCCCAUGUUACCGGGACCGGUUGAUAUGCGUACCUAUAACCUUGGAUUUGAACCGCAACAUUCCAGUGCCUCACAGGAAGCAUAUAAUAAGAAUUUAUUGGGAGCCUUUGAUUCGGGUACAGCAGAUCAGACGUUAUCCGAGUUCGAUGAGGAGGAUGAAAGGGAAUUCCAAUCGGCCUUAAGAGCCACUGGAACCACUACAUCUAUGAAUCAACAAAAACCUGCCACGACCAUAAAUACAACAGCAACGGCAUUGCCUGGAAAUACAACAAAUUCCUCGUUGAUAACCGGCAACACUGAUGGCAUGGAUGCGAAUCUAAAGGCAACAGCAGUAGCAUCAGCGAUUGGCAGUGUAAAUACCACCACCUCUAAUCUGACCUCUACCACAACAACUACAAUUUGUUCCGCGGAAUUGGUCAACGAUUUACAAACGUCCAUGGAAACCACUUCCGAAGAUGUAUCCAUUGAUUCGGAUACCACCUUGACGACAAAGGCUUCACUUUCCGAUGCCCGUAAUCAAUUGAAAUUGAAAAUUAAAGGUCCCCUGGCCUAUCCGGAUAUGUACAAUAGUUCAUCGACCAUGACACAUUCUUCCACGGCAGCUCAAUCGGCCAUGAGCAAUUCACAAUCCAUGGUAUCGGCCACAAAUGUCAUCAGUGCCUCAGUGAGUGGUAGUGGUACAAAUUCACGCCGCAUGCGCAAAAAGGAACUGCUCAGUCUUUAUGUCGUUCAAAAAGACAACCAUGGUGACGAUUCCUCAUGUGGUCUACCUCCCACCGACUCUAGUCUUAUGUCCAAUUCCAUGGAGGUGACACGUAAAACGGACAGUGUUUGCAGUGAAGUGGAUGAGUAUGGUUCAGAGGCAGCAGCUGGCAUGGGUAGUGGCAGUGGUGGCGGCACCACAACAUCUUCCAGCAAACGCUUUAAGAAAACAUCUAGUCGAGAAUUGCGAUCGCUGGACUCAAUGGCUGGCGAUAGUGAACUGAACGCCUUAGGUUUGGCCUCCGGAACGGAAGGUCGCAGACGUAGUGCUUGUUCGUCGGGUAGCACGGCAGAGAACAGUGCCAAAUCGGGGGCAGCUGGUAGUGCGGGUAAACGUCGUGGUCGCAGCAAGACGAUGGAAGGUGCCGACGAUGAACCUGCACCGAAGCUCAAGAUCAAAAUUCGUGGUCUGGGUGGAGGCGAGGGCAAUGUUGUCAGUGCCACCACCACUGUGGGUAGUUGUGAGACCAGUUUCAAUAGCCAUGAGGUGUCGAGACGUUCCGUGGCAUGUCCACCAAAGAAACGCCUUACCUCAAAUUACACACCCACCUUGGAGGAUCUGAUGCGUGAUUCUAUGAAUUAUCGCGAUCAAGUUAUGCAAGAAUUUGGUGGUGAUGAGGAAGAACGUAGCAGACGUUCGGCCAGUAAUAUGGGCGCUCUGAAAUCAUAUGCUGAAGUCAGUCCACCUCCACCGGCCAAAAAGGCAAAAUCUUCCAAACCCAAAAAGGACAAGAAGGAAAAGAAACGUCACAAAAACCGGGGCGAUACUGAUGAUAAUGCCAGUCUUAUCUUUGGUGGGGGUCUAAACAGUAACAGCAUGACGACUACAUUGAUAGAACAACCUAUCAGUGCCUCACCUGGAGAUCCACCAAAGUUGAUUUUACGUAUAAAUAAACGUAAAGCCGAAUCGACGGCCACCGAUACGAGUCUGUCGUCACCGGCCACAGAUGAACCACCGGCCGCCGCUGCGCCCAUACGCCUGAAAUUGGCACGUGUCUCCGAUGGUGGUGGCUAUGUCAUCGGCGAUAAGAAACGCAAGAAGGGCAAGAAAAAUAUUAUCUCACCGGCCUCCACAGAAGAACUGACCACCAAUUCGAAUACCAGUUCAGCAAUGCAGCCGCUGCCGCAUCCAACACUGGUGGUGCCGCACACCAACACCAGCAGUGACUUUGCCAAAUUUGCCGAAGAUGCAAAUGCCAGCGCCAGCAUGAAUUCGCCGCAUGUGGCCACCUACAGUCACUACAGUAAUGAACCCGCCUCUUCUCUAAUGAUGCGAGUCGAAUCGGAUGUUGCCAAAGAUUCUAGUACACCCUCUCCGUGCCUGGUGAUAGAUUCAUCGAAUACGGCAAGUUCGUUGCAGCAUGAUCCCAAUGGGCCGUGUAGUGGCGAUGUGAAUAGAUCACCGGUUAUAACACCCACACCGCUGCAGCAUCAUGGUUCAAUGUUGGCUGGUGGCACUGGAGCAGCAUCACAUUGUAAUGAGAACAGUAAUAGUCAGUCCUCCUCGGCCUUGAGUAGUCACACCCAUUUGAGUCAUUCAAAUUCGAAUUCCAUGAUGAGUGGCAAUAAUCUGCAUCAGCAGCAGCAACAGCAUCACCAUCCUCACCACAGUAACAAUAGCAACAGUAAUAACAGUGGUAGUAGUGGUGGAGGAGGGGGUGCGGGUGCAGGAGGUAACAGUUCCAGUGGUGGCGGUGGUGGUUUAAUAUCAUUACCCAAGGAUUGUGAGGUUAGAUGA